AUUCUGACUAUAAAUAUGGCUGCACCAAUUUUGAAUAUUUUAUGCAGUGAUAGUUCCUUCAAAGCAGUGACAAUGAUAAAAUUAAUACUUGUUACGUUGAGUUUAAUUGUUCUUGAGAUUUCCGGUCAUGGAAUGAUGUUAGACCCGCCUAACAGAAGUUCCUUGUGGCGUUUCGACGAAGAUGCUCCGCCGAACUACGAGGACAACCAGAACUUUUGCGGAGGAUUUGAGGUACAAUGGAGUCAAAAUGGCGGACGUUGUGGUGUAUGUGGUGAUGCCUACCAAUCUCCUCACCCUCAACUAAACGAAAACACCGGAAAAUAUGGUCAAGGCAAAGUAGUAGCCAACUACACUUCCGGCCAAGUUAUAGAUAUUUCUAUCCUUAUCACUGCUAACCAUCUUGGGUUCUUUGAAUAUCACCUGUGUGAAUUACACCAACCAGAUACCUACGAAGCAGGAGAGGAGUGUUUCGAACCUUUGUUAUUUGAAGAUGGAACUUCCCAAUAUCCAAUUGGAGGAAAUGCUUACAAAGUUAAGAACCGCGUCAAGUUACCAGAAGGUUUUACUUGUGAGAGGUGUGUUUUGCGAUGGCAUUACACCUGUGGUAAUAAUGUGGAUACCUGCGAGGAUGGGGAAGCGCGACCUGGAUGCGGAGCUCAGGAAACUUUCCGUUCAUGUGCUGAUAUUGCAAUUAUCUAAUUGAAUGUAAAUAUCAAACCAUAAUAAAUAAAACACAAUAAAAACGCGUA